AUGGAAUUAUCACCUUACGAAAAAACUUGCGAAGUACUUGGGAUUCAAUGUUCAUUUGCUAUGUUAGGCAAACUUGAACAUAUAGAAAAACAAUGGGAACAAUUGAUGAAUAUGUAUCCUUAUUGCACUGAUUAUGAAGGGGUUAAUACUACAACAAAUAACCCAUCAGUUGAAGUAGAUAUUCAGAAGAAAUAUUCAUUAGAAUCUAUUUCACAAACACUUGAUUUAAUGAUAAAAGAAUUAUCUAAAGAAAUUGCAAAAACUCGUACAUUUGGUUCCACUAAUAAAAGUGCAUUGUUAAUGUAUUCUUACGUAGUCUUUAAUGGUCAAGAAUACACAGUUUUUGCCAUGUAUCAAUGUCAUUGCAAAACAGACUUUAAAUCUGUUGUUCUCUUAGCACAAUCAUUUUUAAACCUCUUCAAUAACGAAAAAGACAAAGUAUAUCCUAUUGAAACAAGUUAUAAAGUACUUACAGAUAAAGGAUGUUUACCAUCUGCUAAUCAAAGACAAAUAAUUAUGGAAAAUCUACCAAAAAAUGUUUUAAGAUACGACUGUAGUCAUCUCAAAGAUCCUCAUUCUAUUCAAUCUGUUUUAGAUGAUCCAAUUCCUAAUUGUAUGACAUCUGUAACUAUAAAGUUGACAAAGAACGAAUUUAACUCAUUUGCUUUAUGGUGUAGAUCAAGACAUCUUUCAAUUCAAGCAACAUUACUUGCAAUUGAGUUGAAAGCUUAUGAAAAGUUAUUUAACAGAAAGGGAAAUAAUGCAGAAUCAAUUUCAUUCCUUGUACCAUUUGAUUUAAGAAGAUUUCUCCCAUUUGAGUCUGAUUGUAUUGGGUUAUUGAGUGAGACAAUUUAUCCUACAUUACCUAUCUCAAUUAUCAACCAAUCUAUUGAACAGAUUUCAAUAUGUUUAACUAAAAAACUAAAAGAAGUGACAAAUAUUAAUUCAGAAGCAUUUGAUAGAUAUCGUGAUGCAUAUUACUGUGGAAAUAUGGCACUUAUGGGAGUAAAACAUACAUGUUCUGUUUCGAAUGUUUCUUCAUUUGCUGUAAUGAAUGGGUUGUCUCAACCAUUGAAAGACCGUUUUGUUGAUUUUCACAUGUCAGGAUGUGUUAGAGUGCCAUGUAAUUCCAUGAUGGAGGAUCUAACUAUCCACACAUAUUCUCUUGUUGAUGGAUCAUUCAAUUGCUCUCUGACAUAUCCAUAUGGAAUUAUUCAAACGUCAGUUGCUGAGGCUGUACUGAAGACCUUCAAAGAUAUUAUUAACACAAUAAAUUAA